AUGAGCACCACAACCGUCACUACAACUACCAUUUUACUCCCAGAAUAUCUGGAGAACAUUUAUGCAGAGGUGGAAACGUCUUUUGGCCGAUUUCUGUCAUUGGUACGUGAGAUUCCCGGAGGUGCUAUAAUCAUCAAUUACAUCCGAGCCUCUUACAAAAAUGACCCGUAUCGUUCGUUGUUUGAGCUGGCAUUGGCCCUCUUUGCGAUCAGAUACUUUCUUGCCUCCAAGUUCUCCUACAAUGAAAAAGAUAUGGUCAAGUUGUCUGAUAAAGACAUUGACGAACUGGUGGAAGAAUGGAACCCAGAACCCAUAGUUUUGCCGGUUAGUGACAAGGAGCAAUGGCAAGCUGAUUCUAACCCGCUGGUAAUAGGUGCAGUUGCUUCUCGUGUUGAGUUGCAGGUUCCAAAUGGCGAACAUUUAAAAAAUGUUGCCAACCUUGCUUCUAAUGAUUUCCUGAACAUGAGCCAACGUGAAGAAACAAAAGAUGCUGCAAAGAAACAGAUCGCCUUUUCGGGAAUUGGAGCCUGCGGUCCUCCAAACUUCUAUGGUACACAGGAUGCUCACGCUAGAUUGGAAGAAGAUCUAGCCCGAUUUCUUGGUGCUGAACGUGCCAUAUUGUAUUCCCAGGAUUUCUGUACUGUGCCGUCAGUUAUAGCAUGUUUUUUGAAAAGAGGUGAUAUUGUUGUGUAUGACUCUGGUAUUGCUUUGGCAACCCAAAAGGGAAUCGAAUUAUCCAGAUGUACCGCCUACCAUUUCAACCAUAAUGACAUGGAUAACCUGGAGAAAGUGUUAGCUGAUCUGAAGCCCAUGUUAGAUGAAGGACCUUUAACUAGGAGAUUUAUUAUCACAGAAGGUCUUUUUCAAAACUUUGGAGACUCUCCAGACUUGCGUCGUAUAUGUGAGCUGAAGAAAAAGUUCAAGUACAGACUGUUCUUAGAUGAAACUCUUUCAAUUGGUGUUCUAGGUGCUACUGGUAGAGGAUUGCCAGAAUUAUACGGAAUCCCUCGCACAGACGUUGAGGUGACCACCGGCGCUUUAUCCUACGCCCUGGGUUCUUCUGGAGGAUUCUGCGUCGGUGAAAACGCCAUGGUACAUCACCAGCUAAUUUCCUCUAGUGCCUAUGUGUUUUCUGCAGCUAUUCCACCUUAUUUUGCCAGAGUUGCAUCGGUAUCUCUUCGAUUACUCCAAGAAGAUGACUCCGUGUCAAGAUUACAAUCCAGUAUUAAUUUCCUUUACUCAAAGUUUAAAGAAUGCCAGAAACUCAAAAAGCUGGUAAUAAUCACUUCAUCUGACGUAUCUCCAAUCCUACAUCUACGAUUGCAUCGUGACUUGAGAAGCAGACUCGAUCUUCCGGUGAGUUAUGGUGGUCCCGGAUCUGCUAUGGAGAAAAUAGUACAGAGGGGAGAUGAACACGGUUACUUCGACGAAAAUUACAACAGGGAGUCUCAGAUCUUACAACAAAUUGUAGACAGAGUUUUAAACAACCAUAAUAUCCUAAUAACGAGAUGUAAGAGGAUACUUCACCAUGAAAAGCUACCAUUACUGCCUGAGCUUAUGAUCCAUAUUAAUGUUGCAUUUUCGGAAUCUGAGCUUUCAGAAGCAUUUGAGGCCGUCUCCUCUGAGAUUUACAAUGUUUUGCAACAGCUUUGA